CUUUGCCGCCGUAGCUGCCGCACCAGCUCCGUCGUGCCCCGGGUGAGGUGUGGGGAGUGCCGGCUCCGUGGAUCCCUCCGCACGAGAAAGUGUUUAUCAUGUUGGGCUCUGGGUUCAAGGCUGAGCGCUUGCGAGUCAACCUGCGCCUUGUCAUCAAUCGCCUCAAACUGCUGGAGAAAAAGAAGACUGAGUUGGCCCAGAAGGCAAGGAAGGAGAUUGCAGAUUAUCUGGCAGCCGGAAAAGAUGAGCGUGCCAGGAUUCGUGUGGAGCACAUCAUCCGUGAAGAUUACCUUGUGGAGGCCAUGGAGAUCCUGGAGCUGUACUGCGAUCUGCUGCUAGCCCGCUUUGGCUUGAUUCAGUCCAUGAAGGAGCUGGACUCUGGCCUGGCAGAAGCAGUAUCUACACUGAUUUGGGCUGCACCACGACUCCAGUCGGAAGUGGCUGAGUUGAAGAUUGUUGCUGACCAGCUGUGUGCCAAGUACAGCAAGGAGUAUGGGAAGCUGUGCCGGACAAACCAGAUUGGGACAGUCAAUGACAGGCUGAUGCACAAGCUGAGCGUGGAGGCACCGCCCAAGAUUCUGGUGGAGAGAUACCUCAUUGAGAUUGCCAAGAACUACAAUGUGCCCUAUGAGCCUGACUCAGUGGUGAUGGCUGAAGCCCCUGCAGGCGGAGAGGCAGAUCUGAUUGAUGUGGGAUUCACAGACGAUGUGAAGAAGGGUGGCCCUGGAGGGGGAGGAGGUGGUGGAUUUACAGCCCCGCUGGUCGGUCAUGAUGGACUAGUACCCAUGCCAGUGAUGAUGCCUAUGCCCAUGCCAACACCAAAUCCGCCCUUCUCCUAUCCGCCUCCAAAGGGACCGGAGAACUUCAAUGGCCUACCAGUGGGGACGUACCAGCCUUUCACUAACAUCCAUCCACCACCAAUUCCGGCAACCCCACCAUCAUACGAGUCUAUUGAUGAGCCUAAUGCUGACAAGGACGCUUCUGCACCUGUGGCUGGGCCCGGGCCCAAGUCGGAAGCUUCUCCUAAACCAAGAGCUGGAGCUCCUAAUACCUUUGAUAACUUUGUGCUGCCUGAAUUACCAUCCGUGCCAGAUACGCUGCCAACAGCAUCUGCCGGCGCCAACUCCUCUGCCUCUGAAGACAUUGACUUUGAUGAUCUUUCUCGGAGAUUUGAGGAGCUAAAGAAGAAAACAUAAAACGGACUGGGCUGUAACUCCAAUGUGAGGGGCAGGAGCUGCGACAGCUGCUUCUCUCUGAAACAGACUCCCCUUGAAACUGGUUUCCUGUAUUAACCUCAAACGAAUGCGCUCUUCUUUUUGAGCUCUCUUCCUGCUGUACUUAAACCAAGUGCUGCCGCUUUCCCGAUCUUUGUUGCUCCAGGAGGUGAGCUGUGGGGAAUCUUGUGAGAGUGGAGCAGGGAACAGCCCCUGUCGGUCUGGGUAGCUGUGCAGGAAAGCUGUGCGUGACGUUCUGGGUGCCAUUCCUGGCUGCCUCUGCAGCGGCUCUGUGCCCCCUCCCACAGAGGAGGGAGGUGAAGGCUGGAACGGGACGGGGCUUUCUCCUCUCCACUGGUGGUCUCAAGGGCAGCGUCAUCCACAAGCUGCCCCUCUCCGCUCUGUGGCCUGUGCAGUAAGGGUGAUUAACUCCCUUUGCUAAGAGUUCUAACUAAUUGUGGGGCUGAGGCAGGGAAUAUGGUCACGAGGAGACGUGGCAUUGCCCUUGGGGCUGUGCAGUACGCUGGCACUUCUGCCAUCUCCCUAGCUCCGGCUGUAUCUGGUUGCAGUUUGCCUGAUAUCCUCUCUUGUUCCCCGCUGGACUCAGGGGGAGUCCACCUUCUCGGUGGUGGGCUCUGUUCCCCGUUGGCGGGAGGGCGGCACGGUACGGUUUCCUCUUCAGGGGCACGUUCCGCCUGAGCCCGCUGGGAGUGCGGGCUGGCCGGGCAGAGGGCUAGCGGGGCGACGCGGCCUGUGCUGGCUGUGCCGGCUGCUUUCUCACCGGGGAGCUGAGGUCAAGGGGACUCGGAGGGGACACGCGGCAGCAGCUUUGCUUACCCUGGGCGAGGGGACGGCGGGGCUGGGCGCCGGCAGAGCGCUCUGCAGCUGGGGCGGCUGCUGCCGUCGGGCAGUGCCACCGCUGCGUGUGGCGUGCUCUCCUCUCUGUAACGUACCUGUACGUAACACUUUCACACAACUUUUCUUCGGAGUUUUUGGUUGAUUUGUCUCCUACGGGUCGGUUCCUAAUAAAGUCUGGGCUUGUGA